AUGCCUUCACAGCGCAAAAUGUUGGCCAGCAAGGUUAUUCGCGUCAUUACCACUUGCUUCGGCAGCAUCGAUUCCGGUCCAUCAGACGACGACAGUGUGGGUCUUCUCCCAUCCAAUUCCCCAACACCGUCCAAUCUAUCCAAACCAUCCCGUGCCUCAACACCAUCCAUACCUUCAAAACCAACCUCUCCUGAAGCCCUCUCCACCUAUGAUUCCGCAGUCAACAUCACUCUCGAGACCUCUCCUGUCCAUCUACGACCACCAACCUCCUUCCUCUCUCUCCCGCCGGAGAUCCGCAUUCUUAUAUAUGCCAUUCUCGUUGUCCCAAGCCGAGUCUACUUCUCCAAACCGAGCACUCAUGAAUACUUCCUCCCCUCCCCACGCUACGCAGACCUCUCCAGCACGCCGCCCCCUUCACUCGCCAUUUUCCGUACCUGCCGCAAAAUCCACGACGAAGCCGAACACGAGUAUGCUACGCGCAACACAUUCGUACUGCCCUCAUCAUGGGCCUUCCGACGUCCGAGCGAGCUAGACGCACGCCCUCUGAUGUCUGCGCGCGCAUGGUCAUCAGUGCGUAAGCUGAGCCUGAGCUUCGAUACGUCAGCCAUGGUGCUGGCGGAUGUGAUGCCUGAUACGACUGCAUCGAUGUGGGCGCGGCGAUGGAGGUCGGAUGGAACGGUGACGGGAAGGCUUUGGGCCGAGAGGAGCCGUGAGCUGCAUGCGACGCAUAAUCUCAUGACGACUUAUACGUUGAAUCGUUUAGUUGAUAAGAUGCGAGACCUGUAUGUGAUGAUUGGAGAUGAGGGGCUGAGGUAUUUGGAGGUGGAUGUGGCGAGUGCGUUCUGCCCGAUGGCGGAUCAUCGGUUGGUGGAGUUUGUGGUUCAAAAGGCAUUGCUCAAACAGAUCCGCGAGCAAGACGCUAGCGAAGACGAAACAGAGGCCUUCUAUAUCGCGGAUCUAGGCAGGGUUGAAGACGUAGUUCAGGAAUGGAGAGCUUCCAUGAAAUGUAACCCAGACUCAGGCUUACUACAGAAACUCGGCCGCCUCGGCGUGAACUUCGAUUGUGCAUCACUGAACGAAAUGCGCGAUAUAUACGCCUUGGAUGUUGCCUCAUCAAGGGUAGUAUUCACAAACCCCAUCAAGUCCGUAGCUUCGCUCAAGUAUGCGCGGACGUCGGGCGCCGAUCUGCUGGUUUUUGAUAAUAGUGAUGAACUAGUCAAAGUAAAGCAGCAUCAUCCAAAUGUCAGGCUCCUUCUACGUAUCACUGUCGACGACAGAGAAGCACUCGUGCGAUUCGGCGAUAAAUUCGGCGCGAAGAUGGCCGCAGCAGGCUUGUUGUUUGAGAAAGCCACCCAGCUUGGCCUCAACAUAGUAGGCACAUGUUUCCACAUUGGAAGCGGCUCUUCGAUCGAAAACGCGUACCGCAACGCAAUCACUGAAGCAGCCAAGAUCUUCCACAUCGCUGCGCGCCAUGGCCACAAAUUCACUAUUCUUGACAUCGGCGGCGGCUUCGUCAACGAAGGCUUUGCACAGACGAGUACUGAGAUUAACGUAGCGCUGCGAUCCUUUCAUGACACGUUUCCGGGCGUCCAGAUCAUCGCAGAGCCUGGCCGUCUAUUUGCACGUGACGCAUUCAUGGUUGUGGCGCAAGUCGUGGGACGGCGUGGGGCGGCGGAGUGCACGCAAUCAGAUUCUGGGCGCAGUCGACUUUAUCUGAACGAUGGUGUGUUUGGAAACUUCAUGAAUGCGGUAUAUGAGAAGCCGGGCUAUCAACCGAUUGCGCUGGUAAGGGGUGGAGUGGUGCAUGUGCAGAAGGGCGAGUUGGAAUGGCGGUAUUCGCUGUGGGGACCGACGUGUGAUUCACUUGAUUGUAUUGACAAAGGAGUGUCAUUCGAUCGCGAAAUCGAGAUGGGGGAUUGGUUGGUGUUUGACAAGAUGGGCGCAUACUCCAGCUGUUGCCAAACCAACUUCAACGGCUUCCAGGCAUCUACCAAGACGGUGUAUGUCUGA